AUGGAAAUGAGCAGCGCCGAGCCUCGUAAACAAGAUGUGGUGAGAGUGCUGACGAAUGAGCGCGCCGAGCGUCAAGGAGAAAAAGGGACAGCAACAGCGACUACGGUGGGACACACGGUGGAUCGUUACUGGACAAAGCAGAAGAACGAAGGUCGGGGAGCCCGACGCGGCGGCAAUGGUCGUGGACGCGGGGCUAACAAUGUCCAGUGGGGACAUCAUGAUGAAGGCAAUGGCUACGAUCGAGUGGCGUUUGCAGUCUCGUUCGAAUGUGGAGUUUCGACGAGCAAGGACGUGUCUGGAAUGUGGGCCGUCGACAGUGGUGCAACGCACCACGUUUGCCAUGAAAAGACCAAGUUUGCAAGUUUGGUAGUGCGCAAUGAGGCCGAACUAUUGGUGGCUGAUGGCUACAAAGUGGCCAUCAAGGAUGUUGGAACCAUCAUAGAAAAUGUGUUUCUGACCAACGGCGAAGAGCGCGAGAUCGAGAUCAAGAACGCGUUACAUGUUCCAAGUAUGAGCAAGAACCUGCAUCAAUGCCACAGACUAACAGGCAUGACAUCUCCAAGUCGUGUUUGA